AUGAACCUCCAUCCCUUGCACAAGAGAGCUUAUUUUUCACCAGGGCCAAUGGAUCCGGGCAACCAACCAUCACUUACCAGCAGGCUCACGUUACGAAGUACAUCACCUACUACAGUUCUAGAACCGGAGAAACAACCAAGCUUGCAUAGUCAGGUCAAUUAUACCGGUCCAAAGGAAUUAGCAUGUGGAACUCAGAGUCCCACAAGUAGCCCGUCCAGCCAAACUAGCAGCAACAUUAAGAAAGCAUACUGUAAUUAG